CAACUGCUGCCAUAGGGUGAAGCAGAUCAUAUUAAGCUCUGGAAUUGCGCUUGAGCCAUAGCCAAAUCUGGCUCGAGAAGUGAAACCAGGAGACUAGGGAUAAGAAUUGUUUACUCUGCUGACUGUCCAGUCAGUUUGUAUUUCUACUUUGUACAAGAGCAAUCGGCGUUGUCAAAUACUGUUGGGACUUGUACUUCAGUGACGAGACCGCCCCUUCCGUCACUUUCUGUCAGUAGCAGUUUUGGAUUUCUAACAACAACAAAAAGGCCCCGUACAAAAACCCAACUACGGAUUUUCCCAUUUUGUGCCAGACAUGUCUUGGAGAAAACCCCUAUAUCAGAAUGACCAAAGAGAAAUAUGGAAAAGAAUGCAAGAUCUGUGCUAGGCCAUUCACAGUAUUUCGUUGGUGCCCGGGUGUACGGAUGCGCUUUAAGAAGACAGAAGUGUGCCAAACGUGCAGCAAGCUGAAGAAUGUUUGUCAGACCUGCCUUCUUGACCUAGAGUAUGGUUUACCUAUUCAGGUGCGAGAUGCUGGACUCUCCCUUAAAGACGAUAUGCCCAAGUCGGAUGUUAAUAAAGAGUAUUACACCCAAAAUAUGGAAAGAGAGAUCAUGAACUCAGAUGGCACCCGACCUGUUGGCGCUCUAGGAAAGGCAACAUCCACCAGUGACAUGUUGCUCAAACUGGCUCGGACCACCCCUUACUAUAAACGCAACCGCCCACAUAUCUGUUCAUUCUGGGUGAAAGGAGAAUGUAAAAGAGGAGAAGAAUGUCCCUACAGACAUGAGAAACCUACAGAUCCAGAUGAUCCUCUAGCUGAUCAGAAUAUCAAAGAUCGUUACUAUGGUAUUAACGAUCCUGUGGCUGACAAGCUUCUGAAACGAGCUUCCACAAUGCCUCGUUUGGACCCACCUGAUGACAAGACAAUUACAACACUAUAUGUAGGAGGCCUGGGUGACACCAUCACUGAGACUGACCUUAGGAAUCACUUCUAUCAAUUUGGCGAGAUUCGGACGAUAACCGUCGUGCAGAGGCAACAGUGUGCGUUUAUCCAGUUUGCCACACGGCAAGCUGCAGAAGUGGCAGCAGAGAAGUCUUUCAACAAGCUUAUUGUUAAUGGCCGCAGGCUUAAUGUGAAAUGGGGCAGGUCUCAAGCAGCCAGAGGGAAAGAGAAGGAGAGAGAAGGGACCACAGAAUCUGGUAUAAAACUAGAGCCAGUCCCCGGCCUACCUGGAGCUCUUCCUCCUCCUCCUGCAGCUGAAGAGGAGGCAGCUUCUGCAAACUACUUCAAUCUACCUCCCAGUGGCCCUCCAGCUGUGGUGAAUAUUGCCCUGCCACCCCCGCCUGGCAUUGCUCCACCACCACCUCCAGGUUUUGGGCCACACAUGUUUCAUGCGAUGGGUCCUCCACCUCCUUUUAUGAGAGCUCCAGGUCCUAUCCAUUACCCUUCUCAAGAUCCACAGAGAAUGGGCGCUCACGCAGGGAAGCACAACAGCCCCUGACACCGCAAGAUCAUUCUCAUUUUUCUCUUCUUUUUUACGGAAUUUUGCAUUGGUAGCAUGCCACAUUCAGUUAUAAUGCACGGGAAACUAAAUACAUCUCUUCUUUGUGUUCACACAGACCAGGUUUAAUCUUGCUGUGUUUCUCAAAUAGAAAAUCAGUUCACUUGCACCAAAAUACUUAGCACAAGUAUUUUAAGAAAAGGGUGGCUUGUGUUUCAAACAAACAAACUAAACAGAGAAGAGAGCUAUAAGAAUUUUAAUUGUAGUAGAACUACAAAUUCCAUCAUUCUAUUUUGCACACUUUGAAAUAAAUUUUGUUUUUUGUUUUGGCAAAAGAUUAAAGACCACCCUUGAAUUCAGUUUGGUAAUUUCCAGUCAGUUACACAAUGGACCUACUGAGCCUUGUUCAAAAUGGCUUGGAAACUCUUUAACUACUAAUCUAUUUGAAUUCAAAAUUACUUUGUUGCCAUUGAAACUAGACUGAAGUUCCUCCUUGCACUGAGAUGGAUUGGAAAGAUACAGGGAAGUCACAGCAGACUAUUAUAAAGGGCAUGUAGAUGGUGUGCUAUUUUAUAUUCCGUGCUGUUUCUCGUUAUUCAUGAUCCUGUCCGUGAUCCAUGCUACCAAAACGUUGAGGCAGCAGCACUGUAUGCUUAUUAAACCUCUGUUAAAGAGGUUGGUGAUUCUGAAUUGUGGCUUAUGUGGCCUUCAUGUCCAUGUGCUACUAAAACUAAUCUGAUUUAUUUCUUAACAGAGCAGUUGAUUUCUAAUGGCUGUUUUAGAUAUGUGUUCUCAGUAUUUACCCUGUACCAUCUGUUUUCUGCAUCAAGUCUGUAAUGUGUCCUAGUAAAGAGAAUCAUAUUUUUA